AGUGCAGUAAACUGACAGCGACAGCAUCGACUGCUAGAUCCGAGCGAGACGACCGCACCUAUCAUUGUGCUUCGAUUUUGUGAAUAAUCGUUAUGAUAAACAUCUCAUAUAAUUUAUUUUGAUACACUAAUUCAUAAAAAUGAAAUAUAGUCUAGAUUGUUUUCUCAUAUUGACACUUUACUGUACUUGGACAAUAGCUAGAGAAGUACCCUCACCUCCGUAUAUCGUUAAGCAACCCCCUACCGACGAAGUUCUUUUUCAAGUAGAAUCUAGCGGUGAAAAUGAUAAACCGUUUUAUAUAGAAUGCGAAGCAAUCGGAGAACCCGCUCCAAAAUACUACUGGAUAAAGAACGGAAAACCGUUUGCCUGGCAAACAUACGAUGACAGAAUAUCGCAACAGAUGGGUCGUGGUACUUUGUCGAUAACCAAACCAUCUGAUGUGGAUCUUGGUCAGUAUCAGUGUUUUGCUGAAAACCAAUAUGGCAUUGCUACUUCCAAUUCAGUAUUUAUGCGAAAAGCAGAGCUCAAUUCUUUCAAAGCGACGCAACCUUUGACAUUGACUGGCAACGAAGGAGAACCGUUUAAACUGACCUGUCAACCACCGGACGGUUGGCCAAAGCCAAUUGUACAUUGGAUUUUCUUAUAUACAAACGGAGGUUUCAAAACUAUUAAUAGCUCACGUAUGACUCUAGAUCCAGAAGGAAACUUGUGGUUCUCAAAUUUAACCAAAGCUGAUGUCACUGAUAAUUUUAUGUACGCUUGUGCUGCUACAUCACCUACAAAGUAUGAAUACAAAUACGGUAAUAGGGUUUUGCUAAAUGUGGUCUCUUCUGGGGUCUCAGCUUCACAGAACAAACAUGAACCUGUACUCCAAUACGUCACAAGGAAAAACGAAGUCGCUUACAGAGGAAAACGUGCUGAGCUAUUCUGUAUAUUUGGUGGAACACCUCUACCGCAGACUGUGUGGAAGAAAGGUGGGAAACUGGUACAAAGUUCGGAUCGAAUAACACAAGGCAACUAUGGAAAGUCUCUUAUAAUAAAGGUAGUUGAUUUUGAUGACGAGGGAAGUUACACAUGUGAAGUGAGUAAUGGUGUUGGCGAAGCAAAAUCGUAUUCUAUCAGCUUGAAAGUUUUAGCUGUUCCUUAUUUCACAAAGGAACCUGAAAGAGUUAAUGCUGCCGAAGAUGAAACGAUCGAAUUCAGCUGUGCCGCUGGUGGUGUUCCAGAACCACAAAUUAAGUGGAUUCACAAUGGAAAGCCUAUCGAAGAAGCAUUACAUAACCCCAGACGAAAAGUUUUUAAUAAUAGGAUUAUAAUCGAGGGUUUACAAAAGAACGAUACUGGCAAUUAUGGGUGCAACGCAACCAACAGUUUAGGUUAUGUCUAUAAGGAUGUUUAUGUCAAUGUAUUAGCAUUGGCUCCAGAGAUCAUAGAGGCACCUAGGGACACUCAAGCAGUAGAUAAUCAGAAUGUUACGAUGAUCUGUAAGGUUUUAGGCGCUCCGAAGCCUAAUGUAAAAUGGAUACAGAAUGGAAGAGAACUCACUGGAGGAAAAUACGAUGUUCAAAACAAUGGAGAUUUAAUCAUUGAUAAAGUUCAGUUCGAUGAUCGAGGGAAUUAUACCUGUUACGCUGAAAAUAAAUUAGGAAACACAAGUGCUAUUGCCAAGCUUGAUAUAAAAUCUCAUACAUACAUUACGGAUGGUCCGGAAGAUUAUGAAGUAGAAGCAAGAACUCCAGCUACAUUCAGGUGUAACGCAGUAGCUGAUGAGUCUUUAGACUUAGAAAUAAUUUGGCUCAAAAAUGACCAACCCAUCGACUUCGAAGGGGAGCCAAGAUUUGUAAAAUCUUCGGAUUAUUCCCUGACAAUAACAAAAACGCAUGAAUUAGAUUCAGGCACCUAUACGUGUUUAGCUAGAACAGAGCUUGAUGAAGCUUCAGCCAAAGCUCAACUCACGGUACAAGAUGUUCCUAAUAAACCACGUAUGCUUGGAGUGGUAUGUCGUAGUAAAGACGCCACCAUAAGCUGGACGUCUAUGGGAGACAAUCGUGCUCCUAUCUCCUAUUAUAUUAUACAAUACAACACUAGUUUUAUACCUGAGGAAUGGAAAGAUUUCAAUCAAGUUCCUUCUGCAGAUACAACUUACAAUGUUCCUUUAGAACCUUGGGCCAAUUAUACAUUUAGAGUCAUAGCUGUCAAUAAGAUUGGACAGUCUAAGCCUUCUUCGCAUUCGGAUGUUUGCACAACUCCUCCAGAGGUUCCUCAUAAAAAUCCUGAUAAUGUGAAAGGAGAGGGAGAUCAACCCGAUAAUUUAGUAAUCAGUUGGACUCCAAUGCCUCAAAUUGAACAUGGCGCGCCUGGUUUUAAGUAUCGAGUUGGCUACAAAAGAGCCAUUGAUGGUGUAAAUUACGAAUAUGUGGAAAUCCUUGAUUACAAACAAAAUAAAUAUGUCGUUCCUAAUCAGUUAUCAUACCAACAAUACAAAAUCAUAGUACAUGCUGUAAACGAAUUGGGCGAAGCCAAUGUGGCACCACAAGAAGUAAUUGGGUAUUCUGGUGAAAGUAAACCUGAAAAAGCGCCUACUAAUUUCACUUUAUUGGCAAUUCAAGGUCCAACCACAGCAUUGUUAAGUUGGGAUCCUGUACCGCUUGAGUCUGUUAGAGGUCACUUUAAGGGAUACAAAAUCAAAACAUGGAGUGAUACAUCAAGCAUAACUAAAGAGAUACAAGUACAAGGUGGAAACUCCAAAGCACUAGUAUCUAACUUCGAUCCGUAUACAAAAAAUUAUGCUGUAGUGUAUGUCUUUAAUGAGAAGUAUAACGGACCGCCUAGCGAUACAUUAUCAUUUGAUACGCCCGAAGGAAAACCUGGUGAAAUGCAAGGCUUCGAGGCAUACCCUCUAGGAUCCACAGGUUUCUUGCUUAAAUGGGAGAAACCUGAUAAGCCAAAUGGAAUACUGACUGGUUAUAACAUAUAUUGGUCGAAAGUGGACCCAUUCAUGAAAGUUGACGAACCAAAUCCCAGAAAACCUCAAAUUAUGGACCCGAAUUUAAAAAGAGCGAAACUAGGUAAUCUUUUACCAGGUACCAAAUAUAGGUUGUACAUUGCAGCAACAACAAAAGCGGGCGAAUCUAAGAGGUACUUUAUUGAGCGAACUACUCGAGCUGCUGGCAAAAUAAAACCGUCCAAACCAACUUUUGAGUACCAAAUUAUUAAACCAGGCCCUCCAACAACUGUGAGAAUCCAUUGGCUUCCAGCUGAAGAUGGAAAGGGAGGUACCAGUUUCUUUGUUAAAUAUAGGAAGAGGGGUGAAUCUAGUUUUGAACAAUCUCGCCUUGAAGAAAAUGACGAUUGGACAGAUGUAGCAGGUCUUGACGAUUCAUCCGUGUAUGAAUUCAUUGUGACUGCUUUCGAUGGCAAAUCAUCUGCACAUAUGACGGAUAGUGAUGUUCAAGAGAUUAGCACGUACGAUAUUGACGGGCCCAUAAUUAGGGCUAAAGAAAAUGUUGCUACUGCUGGCUGGUUUAUAGGAAUGAUGCUGGCUAUAGCUUUUCUGCUCUUAGUACUUAUUAUUGUAUGUAUAAUUAAGAGAAAUAGAGGCGGAAAAUAUGCUGUUCAUGAGAGAGAGCAAGCCAAUGGAAGGCACGAUUAUCCAGAUGAAGGAGGCUUCCAUGAAUACUCACAACCAUUGGAUAACAAAUCCCAUGGACGUACUUCUAUGAAUAGUGACACUAAAGUUGGCCCCGAGAGUGACACCGAUUCCAUGGCAGAAUAUGGAGAUGGUGAUACGGAGGGUAUGAAUGAAGAUGGGUCAUUUAUUGGACAGUAUGGCCGAAAGAAGGGUCAAGGAGAAACCACGUCACAAGGAUUUGCGACACUUGUUUAAUGUGUCGCUUCACGGAGGACGGGUCCUUCAUUGGGCAGUACGUGCCCAGUAACAUGAAGCAGCUAGGUCUUUCUUCGACCGUGCAGGGAACAAAUAAUAACGCAAUGGGCACUUAUGUCUAGAUAAAAUCGUGGAUGUGGAAAUAGCUUUAUAUGUUGUAUCUCAUCAAGAACUCUCUCUUAUUAUAAAUUAUGAAAUUAAUGCCAUUAGAAUGUGUUCUUUUUGCC